GUCAACAUCUUCAAGGCAGGCGGAGGGGUCAGAAGGAUUGAUUGACGCAUCAAAGAACGGAGGGUUUGUAGCACACCUUUGUGCCAUGGGAACGCUCCUUUUCGUUUUGAGCUUUGCUCUGUUGGCCGUUCAGGCAUCAGCCACUCUCCCCAUCAGUGAUGUUUCCUCAAGCAAGGUAACUACUGCUGCGAUUCAAAAGAUGUCAGGAAGAAAGAUGGGAGAGCUCAAGGCACAAGCUGUGAACCGGAUGGCAAAGAAGCACAUGCUGGCAGAGCAGGGGGAUGAUGCGAAAGAAGUUGUGGGCUUCGGUGGGAUGCACUACAAGAGGACCAAGGAGGAGGAAGAACAAGCAAAGCAGGGGCCAUCCUUCACCGAUAUUUGGCAAAUUCGAGAAAUGUUUGCUCGAUGCUUCGGUUAUGCAUUCCUUGUCGGGAUCACGAUAAUUAUUCUUGCUUGCUGUUUCAACUUGAGGGGGUGCUACAUCUAUGACAAAUUCAUCGACAAGGAAAAGCCAAACUUGAAUGAAGAGGAGGAGACAAUUUUGCCGGGAGACAGUUCUAGAAACUGAUGGCAUUCGCGUACUGUUAAUCAACUCCGUUAUUUUUUUCCCAGGCUUCACUGGCUUGCGUCAUCGCAGCCAGAUCGGGUACAUUCUGAGCUCGGGUAUGUCGUGCUCUUCCGGAGUUCGACCGGUAUCCCAGUCACUAGCACUAGCACCGGGUAGCCCAACUAGUCACUAGCACCGGGUAACCCAACUAGUCACUAGCCGCACCGGGUAGCCCAACUAGUCACAGGUGACUCCAGUGUGUCGCCGGGCCUUCCCUGAAGAAAAUUUCUUAGCAAUUUUAAACUGCG